ACUAACAUCGGUAAAGACCGAUCGGGUUUAACGUACAUGUGUGUGUGUGGGAUAUAUUCCAGGGCCCUCAACUAUUAUCACUGAUAUACAAGUGUGACGCGUACGCUUUAGUAUACUGGUAUAUUUUAACCCCGCGCCCAGAAGUAGGUCUGAAACACACUUUUAUCCACAAGUGACAUUAAGAAUGUUGGAUUACAACAUCAGACCAGCUGUAGAUAAGGAUUGUGAGGAAAUAACUCGACUGAGACAGGAGUUAGCAGAUUACAGCAAUGUAUUAGAGAAAAUGGGAAUGACAGCUGAAAAGCUGAGAAGAGAUGGUUUCGGCGAGCAGAAAUGUUUCGAAUGUUUUGUUGUUGAGGAUACUACAACAAAAACUGCAGAUGGCAGGGCUUUCCUGUGGGGAUACGCCCUGUAUUUCUACACCUACUCUACAUGGGUUGGGCGUGUCUUAUUCCUGGAGGACUUGUACGUGUCAGCGGUCUACAGAGGGCGUGGCAUCGGGUCCAAACUUUUUCAAACAGUAGCAAAGGCAGGUAUAACGCAGGGGUGUGAAAGGAUGAAGUGGGAGGCCUAUAGCUGGAACAAACCAUCUAUAGACUUCUAUAAGAACCGAGGAGCUUGUGACGUCACUGCGUCAGAGAACUUGAAUGUGUUUCAGAUGAAUCGACAAGAGUUGGAACACUUAUCUAAGUCAUAACGAUCUGGUUGUCAUGAUGUCGACAGCAUUAGUAAGCGUUUUAACUAAGACAUACUGGUCGGGAAAACAAUGCAUAAAAUCUACUUCCGAGAUGAUUAUCCUAUUUGUGUUUUCAUUCUGCAUAUGUUCAGAAUAUUCUGUAUGUGUAUUAGGGAUGCAGCGAUACAUGCGACGAUACAUCGUUAUAUUUUGAAUACGGUACGAUACGCAAUUUAUUUUGGAGGUUACGAUACACCUCCGAUAUUUUCCGGAUUGUGUCGUUUCUGAAUUUAGUCUACUGAUAUCAGUUCCAUGGCGAGUGACAGCUCCAGCUCGGCAUACUCUUCGAAAGACGUGAGAUGUGUGAAACUUUAAAAGUAAUACCCAUUUUUGACAAAGUCUAUUUCUACUGUUGCUUUAUGUAUCGUGAUACGUAUCGUAUCGUGACCACAGUAUUAUGAAACGUAUCGUAUCGUCUUGUUAAUGUAUGGUUGCAGCCCUAAUUAAAACGACAUUAAGAAAUUUAAACUAUGAAGUCACAUGACGCUUACAGACUUGCUUAAAACUGAUUAAAAUAAGCGCAUGGCACAUGUACGCACAUCUUCGAACAAUCUGCAGCUUCAUUUGUGUAACGAUUCGAAUAAUUGCAUGGUUCACCUGUCGAGACCUUUGAGUCCCUAGGGACUCUUGUCAGUAUCUCUUCAUUGAACUUCAAUAAACUAUU